AUGUCGAAACAAUACCUGCAAACACACACUCUUCCCGACGCUCAUCCCACCGACAUCUUCUCACUCGCCGUCACCUCCUCACAGCUACUCUCAGCCUCCGGCUCGUCAAGCAUACGAAUACACAGUACGAAAGGCCAAGUAAUACAUGCGGACAGUGCAGACGACGAACAUCCAUACCCGCUUGUACAGACACUAGAAAAAGUCCAUCCAUUGGGCUGCCAUCACGUCUGCACAAGUCUCGAUGGCAAGAUAGCAGCAAGCUCCGGCUUCGGCGGCGAGCUAAAGAUAUGGCAAUGCAAUGAGGAAGGCACAUGGAGCGCCAAGUCCGAACUGAAGCCAGACGAGAAGAAAGCAGGCGAGCACUGGGCCGUGUCCCUGAACGAAAGCGGCCAAUACCUCGCCUGCACAACCCACGACGGCCGAAUAAACGUCUACAACACCGUCGCCACCCCACCGGAGAAAUUCGCCCAAUACGAAACCAAAGGCAGCUUCGGCAUGAGCGUCGACAUCAGUCCCAAUGGAUCCAUGACCGCCUGCGGCCACCAGAACGGCGGCAUCUACAUCUUCAACAACAGCACCCAACGCCUCGCCCACUCCCUCAGCGGCUUGAUAAAACCCGUCCGCAGCGUAAAAUUCAGCCCGGCGAACAAAUAUCUCGCUGCCGCUGGCGACGCACGAAUAAUAGCACUCUACGACACGCAAUCUGGGGAGCAAGUCGCCAACUUGACGGGCCAUGCGAGCUGGAUCAUGAGUCUGGAUUGGAAUUGGAGCGGGGAGUUCUUGCUUAGUGGCGGGUUCGAUGGGAAGGCGAAGAUCUGGAGUGUGGAGAGGCGGGAAUGUGUGGCGACGCAGACGGAGAGUGAGAAGUGUCUUUGGGCGGUCAAGUGGUUGCCGAGGAGUGCGGCGGCGAGGAAUGAGACGUUUGUUGCUGCUGGGGCGGGGAGGACGUUGUGUUUUUAUCGCGAGGCUAGUGGGACUUGA